UUCAGUCUUGUUAUGUCUCUGCCGUCUCCGAAAGGCUCGAAGGGUGCGACCCAGGCCGAAGUAGUACUGCAGCCACAGCUGAAGAGCUGUCUGGUCAAUCUGCCAUCUUCGCUGGUCUCUGUACUGGUCAAUGCCAACACAGUAGCUCAAAAUGUAGUCGUCGAGCUCAGCUUCCGUCAGCCAGCACCAUCCUUGGAUAAACAGAACACAUCCUCGUCACAGCCACGCUCGAUAUACCUAGGAUGGACGGGUAUGCAAAGCCAGACCAGGUUGGCUCCUAUAGUGUCAAGGAAUGGAAUACAAGGGACAAGAGGAAGCACUGCUAGACAAGACCAAGACGUCGCUACUGUCGAGCUCGAUUCAACUCUGGCAAGAGUCUUGGGUAUAGCCAAUGGCUUGAAGGUUGCUGUCAACCUCCACAUUGAUCCACCCCAAGCGCAUACCGUCAAUAUCGAGCCGCUCACACCAACCGACUGGGACAUCAUUGAGUUACACGCCCGUUUCCUCGAGACCAACUUUCUGUCGCAAGUUCGUGCUCUCCCGAAUCCUGCCUUCUCUGGUGCUCAGAGUCAACGCCAUCCUUUAACCUUGCAUCUUACGCCCACCUCUACCGCAAACAUUCUAGUCACAUCGCUCAGUCCUGCUCCGCCAUCGACCCAAGCCUUUGUCAAAAUCUCGCCCGAUGCCGAAGUUAUCGUUGCGCCAAAGACUCGCCAGCCUCGAAGCUCCGAUCGAUCGAGUCGAAGUGUCGCCAGCACAAGCAGAAAGAGCGCGGGAGGAAGAAGCAAUGCUAGUACCGUUCGACACCCGGCCACACGAGAAGAGCUUCCCACGCGUCCGCCACUCUUCCUGAGAGGUGUCGAUCGUGCCAUGGCCACUGAAUACUUCGACGAAGAUGAUCCUGACGAUGCCGACAAGGAACUACGGAUAUGGUUGGAUAGUGAUCAUCUGCUUUCCAAGAGUCUCAAGGGUCUGACUUGGGUCUCGGUGUCAGUCGUCCGACCUGCGAGCUUGGAGGAGCCUGUCAACCCACAGAAACAGAGCAUGGAUUCUGAGAAAGCAGCUUCCAAAGUUGUCGCACGGUUGUGCACCUGGAAUGAUGCACCAGACAGCCAACAUGCUGCUUUGUCUUCGUUACUCUGUGCCGCCAUGGGUUCUCCAGGACUAGUUGGAGGCAUAGUCAGGAUCGAAGGCGCUCCUCCACAGCUACCCAAAACUGCUUCGGCCAUGAAGAAAGAGUCAAAGGAGAAGGAGUCUGUGGUCAAGACCCUUCGAGUCUUUCCCUUCGGCACUGCUCAGUCAAAUGUUCUGAAGUUUGGUGGUGAAUCUGCUGCUGAGAAAGAGGCUGCCGUACGGAAGUUGAAGGCUAUGUUUGGUGAUGGUCAAGAUGGAUCUGGUCUGCUCGAAGGUCCUUUGACAGAUGGAAUGCUUCUGCCAGCAGAGACCGACAAGAGCAAGGAUCAUGCUUGGCCAGGUGGUAUACUGCGAUUCGACCCUUCACCGAAUAGUACAGAUGAGCACUCUCUGAAAAAGUCUGCAGAUUGGCUGAUGGGUGCUGAGCGCAAGCUGACGAUAGAGGUCCAGCCGGAAAUCGCAAAGCCUUCAGACUUGACACGGGGGACACCUGGUCAUGAGAUACCAGAGUCACCACCAGAAAUGGUCGGCAUCGACACUUUGACAGCGGAGCUUGAAAGCCACCUCUCGCACUCAUCGUCUAUAUUGCUUACAGGAGGCUUGGGCUCAGGAAAGACAUCCCUUGCACAUCUUCUUGCUAACAAACUCCAGAGAGAACGUCUUUAUAACAUCACUUACUUUUCCUGCCGGACACUGGUCACAGACGAGACACGUGUGUCUACUAUCAAAGAGACAUUGCAAAGGGUCUUUGGUGCUGGAGCAUGGGGUGCUAGACUCGGCGGUCGCGCUUUGGUCGUACUGGACGACAUUGACAAGUUAUGCCCUGUAGAGACAGAACUUCAAGUCGGUAACGACAACGGCCGCAGCAGGCAGGUUAGUGAGCUCUUAUGCUCAAUCGCAAGACAGCAUUGCUCUCGAGAUACGGGUGUGGUAUUACUAGCCACUGCCCAAGCUAAAGAGUCUGUCAACAACGUGGUCAUUGGAGGACAUGUUGUUCGUGAUAUCUUGACGCUAAAAGCACCAAAUAAGGAUGGUAGACGCAAAGUUCUCGAGCUUCUGGUACGGCAANAAGACGUUGAGAAACCGAAACACUCAAGAUCACAUAGCGAUGGUGCUGCUUGGAUGGGUGGUUCAGAGGCAGGCGAUCAAGUAAAUGGUGCAGAGGGUUUCGAGGUUGAUCCUUCGAUUGACUUUCUGGAUGUCGCUGGACAGACAGAUGGCUACAUGCCUGGAGAUCUUACCUCUCUUGUCUCGAGAGCACAAAAUGAAGCUCUCAUCCGGAGCGUCUCGGAAAAUACAGAAAAUCCACAGGUCUCGUUGACCAGGGAGGACUUCACAGCCGCGCUCAAAGGAUUUACCCCAGCGUCUCUUCGUGGUGUCACGCUACAGACAUCUACCACUACUUGGUCGUCAAUUGGUGGUCUGCAAGAAACUCGCCAGACUCUUCUGGAAACCCUGCAGUAUCCAACGACAUAUGCGCCUAUUUUCGCACAGUGUCCAUUGCGUCUUCGAUCCGGUCUAUUGCUUUAUGGCUACCCAGGUUGUGGAAAGACGUUGCUCGCAUCGGCAGUAGCUGGAGAGUGCGGCCUCAAUUUCAUCUCAGUUAAGGGACCAGAGAUCCUUAACAAAUAUAUCGGUGCUUCCGAAAAGAGUGUUCGCGAUCUGUUUGACAGAGCAGAAGCCGCACGUCCUUGUGUACUAUUCUUCGACGAAUUUGACAGUAUAGCGCCGAAGAGAGGACACGAUAGCACAGGCGUCACUGAUCGCGUUGUUAACCAGCUCCUUACACAGAUGGAUGGUGCCGAAGGUCUUUCAGGCGUCUACGUCCUCGCUGCCACCAGUCGACCCGAUCUUAUCGAUCCUGCUCUUCUUCGUCCUGGUCGUCUGGACAAGAGUCUGCUUUGUGACAUGCCCAAUAUGGACGACCGUAUCGACAUCCUCCGCGCCGUGACCGGAAACCUCAAAAUCGAACCCAGCAUUCUCGACUCCUCCAACGAGAACCAAAGUCUGCUAGAGAUAGCCCGACAGACACAAGGAUAUUCAGGCGCAGAUUUGCAGGCAGUCAUGUACAAUGCGCAUCUAGAAGCCAUCCAUGAUGUCCUAGGUCCCACCGAAGAACUCGGCAACGGAAGCAACGACAAAUCUUCAUCUUCACGCUCAAAGUCUAAAUACAGAGACUUUACCUACUUCCGCUACGGCGACGAGAAUCUAGGAAAAGACACCUCUGCAAACCCAACACCGCAAUCUCUAGCCGAACGAGCCACUAUCGCUGCGAAGUUAGCUGCUCUGGAAACUGCGCGUAAACGCUCUAAAGCUGCUAACUCCAUCCCCGCAGACACAAGUGUCAAUGGCGUCAAAGAGGAAGCUGCGGAUACACAAGAACCGGUGAUCUCAUGGAGACAUGUAGUCAAAAGUCUAGAGCAGACUAGACCUUCCAUCUCUAAAGCUGAUCAAAGGAGACUAAGCACGAUAUACAAAGAAUUUGUGGUGGGAAGGAAUGGCGAGAUGGCUGAUGGCGAGGCUGGCACUGAGAUUGGAGGACGCUCGACGUUGAUGUAG